AUGCAUCAUAGCAUCCUUCGCCUUUCCCACUCUUCCUCCCCUCGCGCCGCCACUCUUCUUCCCCUCUCCCUUUUCUUCUCUGUGAACAACGGAGACAACCACCGUGAGCUGCUCUGCCGUGGCGCCGCUAGCUCCGUCCACCCCAAGCCUCGCCGCUGCCACCGUUGGAACCGCACCGUCGUCCUCUACCACCUCGAGCAAGCAAUCGAACCAGGGCCCCUCCAAUCGACGAGAAAUUCGCCGAUUCCUCGCUCAGGCCGCCGCGGUUCUUCGUCGAUUCCGGCCGCUACCGACUCCCCCUUCAUCCGCCGUGGCCUCCUGCUUGUUCCUGGACACCUCCGACGACGACGCUCCGGCGACCUCCUGGAGACGGCGCCGCCAUCUUCUGGUCCACGCCGGCGAGGCGCACCCAACGCCCUCACGCGCGCAUCCGGGGGCCCUCUGCAACGCCCGCGCCGCGCGACGCCGAGCCGCAGUCACCGCGUCUCCCUUCGCCGCGCACGGCAUCUCCGCGUCGAGCACUUUCCGUGCGUGCCUGGAUGGUUCGCCAGCCUGGCCGCCACGUCCGCUUCUUUGGUCCCACCCGUCAGCGACGCGCGGGUCGAACCGCUCGGAUCACGAAGUGGUGAUGUGAGAUACGACGAGUUCUCCGACAAGUUCUUCUGCAGCUUUUCACAGGUACGAGAUGACGACGUUAGCAAGGUUACCCUUCCGGCUUGGCCUGGGCAGGGUUAUGGACGCCGCUGGUUAUCUUCAGGACUCUUAGUCCAAUUUGUAUCUUGUCCGUACUCGGACGUAUUUGAUCUUCUGUAUGAUUUGGAUCUUUGUAUUGUAUAUUUGUAUCUUGACUCGUUGGAGUCGUUGUUGUAAUAUAUGUAUCUUGUGGGCUCUAUUGUAAUCCUGUUGUAAUGUUA